UCAAUCCUCUCUCUCUCUCUCUCUCUCUCUCUCUCUCUCUCUCUCUCAAACACAUACAUAAUGAGUUCAUCACAGUUUUCUUCUCUCAGCUGUGAGUUGAGGAUCAUACAAGCCAAAAACACUGAGUUCAAGACCACAGGAAACCUGUUUGUUAGAGGAAGAAUUAGGCUCAACACUAGAGAAAUCUCCGCCAAGUCUAACCAUGUUUGGAACGAGUCCAUCUCGUUGGAGUGCUCUGGAAGCGAGAUGGAUGCCAUGGACAGCUGCCUAAAGCAAGAAAGCAUAGUUUUCGAGCUCCGCUGGAGGAGCACUGUGCCAGUUUUUGGCAGAAUUGGGGGGUCACAACUCUUGGGGAGGGCAGAGGUUCAAUGGAAGGAAGUCCUUGAGUCACCAAACAUGGAGUUAAACCAGUGGGUCUCAGUGGUUUCAACAAGCGGGCAUGCUCUUGAAGGUGUCAAACCACCUAAACUACAAGUAGGGAUCAAGGUUCGAGUUCAAGCAGACCAUGUGGAAUUGGAGAAAAGAAGACAGAGAAACAGAAGGAUGAAGAAGUGGGAUGAGUGUGGUUGUGAAAAGGGUCAUGGUGACUGUUGCACUUGUUCAGAUUACGAAAUAUUUGCACUAGCAGCUGUCCUAGAGGCUUUUUAGGCACAAAGAGAACAGAAAUUUUUUCACUUCUUUUUGUUUUCCUAUUCGUAUCACACUGACCCACUUUCUUCUAGGACUGAAAUGUUAACUGGAAAUUUUCUCUGAAAAGAGACUGUAACCAUAACCAGUUUGUUUGAAAAUAUUCACUAUUUAUUUGUUUGGCACAUCAGUAAUGAGAAGGACAAUGACUUAAACAUUUCCCAGUUC